AUGGUAAUUCUUGCAGCUUCAAUUUGUACGAGGGGUGGCAAGGCUGUCCUCUCAAGGCAGUUUCGAGAAAUGCAACGGUCACGCGUCGAGGCACUUUUAGCAUCUUUUCCCAAGUUGGCAGAUUCGGGGACUCAACAUACGACUGUCGAGCAGGAUAACGUCCGAUUUGUGUACCAACCACUAGACGAGCUGUACAUGGUCCUCGUCACCAAUCGCCAAUCAAACAUCCUACAAGACAUCGAUUCACUUCAUCUUUUUGCACAAGUUGUUACAAGCACCUGUAAAUCUCUCGAUGAACGAGAGAUUCUUAAAAAUGCAUAUGAACUUCUUAGUGCUUUUGACGAGCUCGUAACGUUAGGAUACAGAGAAAAUUUAACAAUUAGCCAAAUAAAAACAUUUCUGGAAAUGGAAAGUCACGAAGAAAGAAUACAAGAGAUUAUCUCGCGUAACAAGGAGCUCGAAGCAACAGAGGAACGUAAGCGAAAGGCGAAGCAACUUGAAAUGCAACGGAAAGAGGUGUCUCGGUCGAAUAGGAAUGCUGCAUCCCGUACGCCAGUCUUUCCAACAUAUACUCCGCCGGCGCGUCCGACUGUGACAGACACUUACGACUCAUAUGAAGCAGAAAAGAAUAAACCCUCUAAUACAAAUGCACUGAAAGGCAAAGGAAUGCAACUUGGCAAAAAAUCUAAGACUAGUGACAUGUUCGAGCGCGUUAAAGGGGAACUUGGCUCCCAUAUAGAGGAGGCAAAUAAGUCUUUAUCGCUCAACCAAUCUGCCACGGAAAACAUACCAUCACAAGCAAGCCAAACGGCAUUACUCUCAGAACAUGAUGCAAUUCAUAUCACAAUAUCUGAAACUAUCAACGCAAAGCUCUCAAGAGAAGGCACACUAAACUCACUAGAAGUAAAAGGAGACCUACAACUAAGAAUAUCUGACCCGACUUUGACUAAGAUUAAGCUGGACACUGUAGCAAACUCAAGUUACAAUGUACAAUUUCGGACGCACCCUAAUGUUGACAAAGGUCUCUUCAACAAAUCAAAACUUAUACAAAUGAGCAACGCCUCAAAAGGAUUCCCUGUCAAUAACUCUGUUGGGGUUCUUAGAUGGAGGGCUACACCCAAGGCUGAUGAUUUAGCAGCUAUUCCUUUAACGAUAACUGUCUGGGUAAAUAAAGGCUCCGAUGAUAACUACAAUAUUACGGUCGAGUACGAGUCAACAGGUGGAGAUGUUUUGGAGAAUGUAGCAAUUGUCGUUCCUUACGUCACAAGCGAACCAGUUGUUUCAAGCUUUGACGCCACGUAUGAGGUAACCGGUGACAGCAUUGAAUGGUCAAUUGGUGUAGUUGACGAACAUAAUCUGUCCGGCACUUUUGAGUUUGAAGCACAAGCUGGUGACGAAAAUGAAUUCUUUCCAAUGCAUGUUCGGUUUGGAAAGAAGAGUCCCUUCAUUGAAGUUGAUGUUACCAACGUGACACUACUAGAAAUAGAAGAGUCAGUGACUUUCUCCAAAGAAAUUAAAUCAGUAGCCGAUACGUAUAUAAUUGAAUAA